GGUAUGGCCAUCUUAUAAUGGAUUUAAGACAGUAAGGAACCUGGUCACAUUGUAUUUUGUUUACAUUGAUUAUCUUUGAUAAAAAAUAAUAUUGCGAAUAUAAUGGCUGACGAUCCGGAUAACUCUGUCCCAGCCGAGCCAGAGAAGAUGUUCACCCUCAAAAGGUGGAAUUGUGUAUGUUUUUGGAAUUGGGAUGUGGAAUGCGACGUUUGCGCCAUUUGUAGGGUACAAGUCAUGGAUUCUUGCCUUCGAUGUCAGGCGGACAACAAGCGUGACGUCAUGGGGCGGCAGGAUUGCGUGGUGGUGUGGGGCGAGUGCAACCACUCCUUCCACCAUUGUUGCAUGAGUUUAUGGGUUAAGCAAAAUAAUCGAUGCCCCCUCUGCCAACAGGAAUGGUCCAUCCAGCGCAUGGGCAAGUGAGCCCUCCUACCAAGCACACUCAUGUCAUUUAGUUUAUGCUGUAUUUAAAAAUUAAUAAAGAACAUUUUUAUAAUAAAAAA